UCCCAGGGAGCGCGGGCAUCUGGGGCGCGCGCGGCGGCCGAGCGAGCACUGCGCCCGGGUCUGGGCAGGCUGGGCUGCUUGUGGUGGGGCGGGGCGGCCCUGCGGUGUGACCGCACCCUCACCUGUGUUCUGAGCGCUGGCGGUGCGGUGGCUGAUCCGGCUCGCGCCCUGGGGUGCAGGCGCAGACCCGGGCGGGCGCGGCCACGGCGAGGGGCGCUGGGUACGUGCGCUGCUCGCCCGCAAAGCGCCGCUCCACGCCGCGCCAUGCGCUCGCUGUGGAGAGAACUCUUUCUGGAGACGCUGCUGGGAUAUGUCUGUUGUUCUCUCUACCAUGACCUGGCGCCGAUGAUAUAUUACUUUCCUCUGCAAACACUAGAACUCACUGGGCUUGAAGGAUUUAGCAUAGCAUUGCUGUCUCCAAUAUUCCUAACAAUUCCCCCUUUCUGGAAAUUGGUUAACAAGAAAUGGAUGCUCAUCUUGCUACGGAUAAUCACUGUUGGUGGUAUAGCCUCCUUCUGGGCCCCAAAUGCCAGGCUUCGGCUAGUGGUUCUUGCACUUGGUGUGUCUUCCUCCCUGAUAGUCCAAGCUGUGACAUGGUGGACAGGAAGUGGUUUGCAAAGGUACCUCAGGAUCUGGGGAUUCAUUUUAGGACAAAUUCUUCUGAUUGUUCUUCGAAUAUGGUACACUUCACUGAACCCAAUCUGGAAUGAUCAGAUGUUCAACAGAGUGAUACUGGCUCUGAGUACUAUAGCCACACUUGAUCGCAUUUAUACAGAUGGUGACUGCAGUAAACACGAUGGGAAAAAGUCUGGUGAGGCAACCAAAGGGAUGGCCACUACACCUAACUGUUGGUUAGCAGGAGCUGCUUUUGGCAACCUUCUGUUUCUCACGCAUUGGAUUUUUGGAGAGGUGUCUCUAGUUGCCAGGUGGGCAGUGAGUGGUCAUCCCGAUUCAGGACCAGAUCCUAAUCCAUUUGGAGGUGUAAUUCUAUUGGGCUUGGGGAGUGGAUUGGUGCUUUCAACUUGUUCAUGGUUUCCUGGUAGCAGUUUAAUCUGGUGGGCUACAGGAGUGGCUUCUGCUGCAGGGCUUCUUUUCCUGCCUACAUGGGCAGCAGCUAUAUCUGGCAGUGUGCUCGCGCUCUUCACAGCGUCUGUGUGGCCUCCAGUGCUGGGACGCCUUAUUAGCUCAGGACUGAACCCUGGGAAGUCCAUGACCAUUGGCAUGGCAUUUUAUCUUGCGGAAAUCUUUUUCUGUGCAUGGUGCACAGCAUUUAAAUUUGUUCCAGGAGGUGUUUAUGCUAGAGAAAGAUCUGAUAUACUUUUGGGGAUAGUGAUGCUAGUUAUUGGGCUGAAUAUGUUAUUUGGUCCUAAGAAAAGCCUUGACUUUCUUCUUCAAACAAAAAGCAGUCCUAAAGUGCUUCUCAGAAAGAGUGAACAAUACAUGAAAUUUUUUUUGUGGCUACUUGUUGGUGUGGGGUUAUUGGGACUAGGACUACGGCAUAAAAACUAUGAAAGGAUAUUAGGAAAAGGGGCACCAACCACAGAGGUCUCAGCUGCCAUCUGGCCUUUCAGGUUUGGCUAUGACAAUGAAGGAUGGUCUAGUCUGGAAAGAUCAGCGCAACUGCUAAAUCAGACAGGUGCAGAUUUCAUAACUAUUUUAGAGAGUGACGCUUCUAAACCUUUUAUUGGGAACAAUGACUUAACCAUGUGGUUAGGGGAGAAACUGGGAUUCUAUACUGACUUUGGUCCAAGCACAAGAGAUCACACCUGGGGGAUUAUGGCUUUGUCACGAUACCCAAUUGUGAAAUCAAAGCAUCACCUUCUCCCGUCACCAGAGGGCGAGAUUGCACCAGCCAUAACAAUGACUGUCAACAUCUCCGGCAAGCUGGUGGAUUUUGUUGUGACACACUUUGGAAAUCAUGAAGAUGACCUUGACAGGAAGCUUCAAGCAAUUGCUGUCUCCCAACUAUUGAGAAAUAGCUCUAAUCAAGUGAUAUUUCUGGGAUAUAUCACUUCAGCACCUGGCUCUAGAGAUUAUCUGCAGCUCAUCAAACAUGGCAAUGUGAAGGAUAUUGACAGCACAGAUCAAGAUAGAUGGUGUGAAUACAUUAUGUAUCGAGGCCUGAUCAGGCUGGGCUAUGCGAGAAUCUCCCAUGCUCAACUAAGUGACUCUGAAAUUCAGAUGGCCAAAUUUAGGAUCCCCGAUGACCCUACCAAUUAUAAUGAUAACCAGAAAAUGGUCACGGACCCCAGGAAGGUUCCUGAGAACAUUCAUUUCAACCCUCGAUUUGGAUCCUACAAAGAAGGUCAUAAUCAUGAUGAAAGCAAACACCAUUUUCACAUGAGUACUCCCAAGUACUUUUUAUGAACUGUUUAUAACAAGAAUUUAUUGACUGGGAAAACCUAAAGAAAACAAAGUAUGGAAGAUAAGACAAAAUUACUGAAAGUGGAAAAUGACACACAGAGAACCUUGAUUUUGACAAAUAUAUUUAUACAGUAGGAAAUUCUGUCAACUUAUAAACUAUAUUGCUUAAUACAUCAUUUCUCCAAAUUGGUUUUAAUAAUUAAUAGAAUGUGGGGUAGUACAAAAAUGUUUUGGGGAGAAGUCUGAAAAAAGCAGGAAAGUUUCUCUGUUAAAUAUAUAAUAACUAACAAAUCUAGUGUUUUAAUGCUUAAAAAUAGGAAACUGACUUAUCAAUGAGCUAGAAGGACAACUAACAUAGACCAAGCAACUUUAAAUCCACCCAGAACAAAGUACUACUGGAGAACUGUUUGAAUUUAAAUCUAAUUGUAUGAAGAAUAAUGUGUACAUAUAACUACUUCUGACUCAGCAGCAGUGGCAACAUGUCCAAUACCAUCCUUCCAUGAGCUGUGAUAAAUCAUAAAUCUUUUUCCAUAUUUA